AUGUCAUUGAAAAGUAUAGUCUGUGAACUAAAGGGGAUUAAAAAUAGAAUAUCAAAGCUCUGUCGUGGUUCGAAAUCAGUAGCUAUAGAUGUAACUCCAACUGAACCUAAUCAACAGGGACAAUGGGCGACUCUACCCCCAGAGUUGCUUUCAGACAUAAUACGUAGACUUGAAGAGAGUGAGACAUCUUGGCCUGAGCGUACUGUUCUUAUCUUUUGUGGUUCUGUAUGUAAAUCAUGGAGGUCCGUUACGAAAGAGAUCAUCAAGACUCCUCAGCAACGUGGACAGAUCACAUUUCCUAUUUCAUUGAAGCUCUCCGGUCCACGCGUGUAUGCAAUGCGCUGCUUUAUUAAGAGGAACAAACAAAAUUCUACAUUCCUAUUGUACUUAGACUCGGUGCCAGCGGAGAAUGAAAGUAGUAAGUUGUUAUUAGCCGCUAAAAGAAUAAGAAGGACCAAAUUUGUCAUAUCCUUGGCCGCAGAUGAUUUUUCUCGAGCCAGGAACAAAUAUGUUGGUAAACUGAGGUCUAAUUUUUGGGGGAUGAAGUUCACUAUAUACGACGGUCAUCCUUCAAUAUUCGAUGAAACUUUAUCUUCGUCACGAGAACUAAAGGGAAAACGUCGGAUGAAAGAUACAUUCUCUGUAAGCCUGUCAGAGCCGUUGGAACGGAAACACAAUGCUCCGGGAUGGGAUGAGCAGCGUCUGUUACGUUUUCUAGACGAUAAGGACCAUGCUGUUGUGUCUUCUAUAAAGAACUAUGAGCUUUUAGCUGUUCUUAAUGGUUCUCGUGAUGUUUCUCCUUUAGAGCAAGAAAAUGUAAUCUUGCAUUUUGGUAAGACUCCUACAAAAGAUAUAUAUAUCAUGGACUACUACUAUCCACUCUCUGCCUUUCAAGCCUUUGCCAUCUCAUUGACGGCAAUGUGA